AUGACAAGCCAAGUUUUAGAGCGAAUGAACAACAAGAAAUCUUUCAAAUUUAGCCAUACAAACGUAGCUGUGUUUCAGGAGUCAGGGCAGGCAGGCUGGACUAAACUCAAUUCAUCCCUCCGGGGAAACCUGAGAAAGUUGUCAAAGUCAUUAGUGUUUGUCUCUGCCAAGAAUCCUGGAUUAAAAUUAACAUUUGACUCAGUGAUGUCAGAGGCAAAAAAUGCCACAAUUGUUUUGUUUGGUGAACAGCACCACCAGCCAUCAAUCCUCAAAGCUCAACUCUGUGUCCUUGAAAGAAUGGUCACCCAAACCACCGAACAAUCACAGGGUGCCCUUACUGUCACUGUCGUCAUGGAGAUGUUCAACCUCCAACAGCAACCCUUGCUUGACGCAUAUCAAGCUGACCAAAUGUCAUUAGCUGAACUGAAAAAUAAAUACAAUGGGACUGAAGGUUUUGCAUUAGAACAUUAUGGAUAUAUUCUGGAAGUUUCCAAAUUUCUCGGAGCCAAGCUUGUGGCAGGGUUUGUUCCAAAGCCAUUUUGUCAGAUGAUUGUUCAGGAAGGGAAAAGUCGUGCUUUGGAGAAAAUUGAAGAAACUGGAGGCCCACCCAAAGAAUUUUAUGUUGAUGGCUCUGAGGAUCACUACAGAUACUUUCAAGGACUGAUUAGUGGAAAUCUAGACCAAGUUGUGGACAAGUAUCGUCGGAUAUUUCCAGCGCAAGUACUAAGAGACAGUGCAUUUGCAUAUACAGUCAUGGAUAUUGUUCAGAAGUCAAACGGACGGACAAGAGUUCUCGGCAUUUGUGGGUCAGGACAUCUAGAUUUCAAAUUUGGUAUUCCUGAGAGAAUAUCUCCAGAGGUGCCGACAUAUGUGUUUACAUCUCGUGCUCAGGAUGACCCUGUAGAACACGAUGUUGCUGAUUGCAUUUAUCAAUAUACAUUUUAAUCCUUAAAUAAUUGGCACGAGAAGUUCUUCUGGGCCGGGUUGUACAUAAGCCGUUUAAUGCUAACCCAGGAUUAAAAGUUAACCAAAGUAUUUAUUUUUCUUGUUUAAAAAUGUUUUUCACUGCCUAUGUUUUGUGUAGAAAACAAACCAUAUAAACAGGAAACCUCUCCAAGAAGUUACAAAUCUGAAACUAAAGUUCUCGCUAAUCCUGGGUUAACUUAAUCUAGCUUUGGACAACCUGGCCCUGGGGUCUGACCUCAGCGGGUCCAGUCUCCCAAAGUUUUGUGGCUUUGCUGACCAAGGACAGUAAGCAUCAAAUUUGAUUUUGUUGUCAAAUAUCAUAAAUUAUUAAGAACAAUUUCUGCUUUAUUUUUUUACUACUAGAUCUCAAAGUAAUGGCUUAAAAUCAGCGAGAAAAAAUGGAAAACCAACCAACCAACCAACCAAAAAAAAACAAAAACCAGACACUAAAACUUGAAAUGCAUGUAUAUGCAUGUACAUAGGGGUGCCUAUCUUCUGUCCCCUUUUGAAGUGGAACUAUUUGAUGGCCUUCAAUGACUAGGUGAACAUCAAAAACACACUUCAAUCCUUUUUGUAGAAUUUGGCCUUUUACUUGAUUUUAAUUAUGAAAGAAAUAUGAAAACUUGAACAAUCAUCCCAGGGAUAAGAGAGUAAUAUUAAGGGGUAUUAAUAUAAAUUUUCAUUAUGUGAGGGUGUUUGUUGUUGGGAUUUGCAAAGUGUUUGUACAGCCAAAUACUGUAAUGUUUGCAUACGGUUAACCUGAGAUAAAAUUUGGUUCAGAAUGAGUUACAUGGGAUAGUCCUUAAGACUACAAAAAGAUGGAUUGUACUGUAGCGUAAGCUGUGUUGGAUAAUUUUUUACAAAGUCGUGUGAUACCUUCACCUUACGUGUUGCAACCAGCUGAAAUGGCCUCAGGCUUCAAUGAAUCUUAAGCGCUAAAUUUUACAUAUAUCACAAAUUGAGAAAAGAAAAAAAUCAGUAAUAUAUUUCACAAAGUCAUGCUUUGUGUUUGCCAAUGUACUCGAGAAUCUUAAAAAGAGGAUUUAAUAAGUAUAUUUGAAACAACAAUGAUGUGAUGUUUUGGAGUAUUUGUCAAUGUGUAAGAUAAGUUUUUAAAAAAAAUAAGGGUAUUAUUAAAAGAAAUAUUUUUUGCAUUUGCCAUCGCACUGGGAUCGCAGGUUAAUGAUACAUUAACAUAUUCGAAUGGGGAUUAAUUGUGAAUGAGAAAUAAACAACAAAACCAAUAAAUGUGGAUGUAGCGUA